CCGGCGCAGCCUCGGCCGCGGGACCCGCCGCUCUAGCCAGCAUAAAGGGCGCGGUGCUCCCGUAGCGGCCCGGCCCAUCGGCGCUCCGUUGCCUGGCGGUGUUGUCAAGCGCGGGGCAUGGCGGCGGCCGGGGCGGGGGACGAGGCGGCCGGAGCCGGCUUGGUAGUCAACUGCUCAGGUCAAGGAUUGCAAAAGCUGGGUCCAACCUUGCCCUGUGAUGCUGAUACUCAGACUCUGAUUCUGGACAAAAAUCAGAUCAUUAAAUUGGAACACUUGGAAAAAUGCAGGAAUCUGAUGCAGCUCUCUGUGGCCAACAACCGGCUGGUGCGAAUGAUGGGUGUGGCAAAACUGACCAAGCUCAGAGUGCUCAACUUGCCUCAUAAUAGUAUUGGGUAUGUGGAAGGGCUGAAGGAUUUGGUGCACCUGGAAUGGCUGAAUUUGGCAGGAAAUAACAUUAAGGCCAUCGAACAAGUCAAUUCCUGUCUGUGUCUUCAGCACCUUGAUCUGUCAGACAAUAACAUAGCUCAAUUAGGUGAUCUCUCCAAGCUUACCUCACUGAAGACUCUGUUGCUGCAUGGAAAUAUUAUAACUUCACUUCGCCCUGCCCCUGCUUGCCUACCUCAGAGUUUGACUGUUUUUUCUUUGGCAGAAAAUGAAAUCAGAGACUUAAAUGAGGUUUCUUUCCUGGCCUCUCUUCACCACUUGGAGCAGCUGUCAAUUAUGAACAAUCCUUGUGUGAUGGCCACACCUUCUGUCCCUGGCUUUGACUACAGGCCUUAUAUUGUCAGCUGGUGUCUGAACCUUAAAGUUCUUGAUGGAUAUGUGAUCUCUCAGAAGGAAAGCUUGAAAGCAGAAUGGCUCUACAGUCAAGGGAAAGGAAGGUCAUUUCGACCUGGGCAGCAUGUUCAGCUAGUUCAGUACUUGGCUAAUGUAUGUCCUCUCACAUCUGUAUAUGGACUCCAGACUGAAGAGGAUGCCAAACUGGAAAAAAUACUGAGUAAGCAAAGACUCCACCAGAGGCAGUUGAUGCAUGAAAACCAAAAUGAGGAACCACGGACAUUUUCUGCUCCCAGCAAAGCAGUGCCAGUUGCUCAUGAACACAGUGCCCAGGCCCAGCCAUCACAGAUGGUUCUUGAAAACGAACCUGUCAUCCAGAGGAAUUCUUGGGUAGGACCAAGUGCAAACAAUGAUCAUUCCUAUGCAGUGAAGAAUACUUUUCUUCAUGAAAGAAGCUUUUCUAAGGAGCUACACCUCGAAGAUGUACAGACAGAUGAAGACAAACUAAACAGCAGCCUUUUAUCCUCAGAGUCUACUUUCAUGCCAGUUGCUUCAGGAUUGUCUCCAGUGUCUCCUGCUUCAGACCUGAAGCUACAUGGAAUGAAUUUGAGCCUAGAAGAUGAUGAUGAUACAGUGAUUGAAGGUGUGAGAGAUGUUAAUAGAAGGGAAACAACUAAAAAGCAAGAAGCUGUGUCUGUUACAGGAGAGCACCCUAAUAGAGCAGCAGGAAGUGUGGAAACCCAAGAGAAUAUCAAAGAAAUCCAGCAGGUCGCUGCUCCUGAGCUGGUAACAGUUGGCCUGGCUGCAAGGACUGGCCACUAUUUAGGGGCUGCUGAAGGCCAAGUUCAGCACAGUCACCCCAGCACCUUGCUAGGUGCUGAGUCAGGAGUAAAAACUCUUUGUCCUGAGCAGGUGACAGAAGAAAGGAAUGCUUCACUGGCUGGGCAAGGUGCAGCAGCAGCUGAUCGAGGUGCAGCUGAGCUGCAAAGGAUGAGUGAGGCAGCUACCAAGCUCCAAGCUUCCUGGAGAGGAUUUUACACCAGGAACCACCAUCCUCAAGCCAAGGAAGUGCGGAAUGAAAUUCGCCUACACAGAAUGCAGCAGCACAUCAUUUAUUUAACGGCUGAAAUAGAAAAACUGAGAAAAGAAAGAGAGGAAGAUAAAAUGCAAAGGCUUGUACAGGAGGAAGCUAUCAAAUUUCUUUGGAACCAGGUUAAAUCCCUUCAGCAGUGGCAGCUUUCAGUGAUGCAGAAUUUAGGUGGUGCUGGGAUCCCUUCAGCCAAUACUUUAUGUUUAUCCAAACCACCUCUUCAGUCAUCCACAAGGGAGCAAGAAACCCCCCCAGCUGUUAGUUCUGCUUUGUUAGCUCCAGCUAGUGAGGAUGAUCUCCAGGAAAAGUCUUCGUUGCAGUUCCCAGAUUCUGGCUUUCAUUCUGCAGCUGAUCAGACUCGUGCCAGUGAACUGUGCAGCUCUGCAAAGAGCUCAGCUGAAGGAAGUGAGAGCUCCCUUUCCAUGGAAACCAUCAAACAAUAUGGCAAUUGUGUUUCAGCAUGUUGCUCAGAUGGAGAGGGUGGGCAAAGUAAAGAGAGCUCUAGUAAUGGGCAGGACAACGGACUGAUAGAACAGUAUUUAAAAUCUGUUCAGCAGCUGGAAGAGGCUGAUGAAGACACAGAUUGCAAUGAGGAAAUGGAGGGCAGCUGUCUGCAAGUGUCUGUGUCAGCAGAAAGCCAAGAUUCUUCCUCUGACACUGUCUCUGUAGAGCUCCCUCAAGACACAUCUUCCCCAGUCCAAGGUGAAAUCUGUCAGAUACCACCAGGAAGCUACAAACUGACUUCAGGAAUAGUAGAAGGGAAGCAAACAGACUGUGAUUCUUCAUUCCAGAUGCUGCAUGUUGGGAUAGCUGUAUAAUAGGAUGGUUUCCGCAAAGGACUAGGGAUUCCAUUUCACUUUCUCUUUCUUCUUCCUGUUUAUACAAAACUUGCUUUUCAUGUGUGCUGUUUCAGAUUCUGACUCAUGUUAUGAAUUUAUGUUGUAAUUACUAUUUUAUUGAUGUUGCUGAGGAUUGAUACUAACUAUGCUAACCUGAAAUCAGUAAAGUUCUCAGUGACAAUCAUUAUGCACUUUAUUUUCAAACAUAAAACUGGUAUCCUAAUAACUGGCCUCCAUUAAAUUAAUUCUGAAGAUUGGUGGGUGGAUGGUGGUGGUGGUAGUGUUUGCUGUGAAUUCACUUUGGUGAAUGUGUUAGUAAGUAUUUGUUUGGUUUUUUCCUGCAAAGAAAGAUUAAAUUCUUAUUUUGCAAAGAGAAGAAAACAAUAUGGGAAGAAAUUGAGUCAAUACAGGCAAUAUAUCCUGUCAUAGAUGGUAUACAGCCCCCUGAGAAAGAUGAAAAGUUGCUUUUCAGACUUCUUUUGACUUAAACAAGAGUAACUUGGUCAGGGUAUCAAAGAUGCAUUCCAGAAAACCAGUGUCCGAGUCAGUGACUUUUUUGUAAAUAACUUGAAGCUGCUGGCAAGAAAUUAGAUCAUUUACAUACACACUGAAACGAGGAAUUUCAGGAGAGUAACCUCAGGGAACUUCAAACAAGCUUUGACCUUUGUUUGCCCUGGGGUUGAAUUUCCCUGCUUUCUCAGGUAAGACUCAAAAUGGAACCAGUAGCAGCCAGGACUAAGGAAGAAUUUCAGAAGAGCAUGUGAUUUGGGAACAUCAUUUCCAGGGCUGCCCUGCUGGGUUGCAGCAGCAAACUUGGUGGUGUGUGUUUUACUUCACUAGGAUGCUAAUGUCUGUGUGGGAUUUGGAUUUCAGUGGCUUUCAGGACAUCAGUGAGUUUGAUGGAUCACAACUACUUUUAUCUACAGGUAUAAAUACUAAAAGCAAAUGCCAUGACUUAACUAUUUCCUGAUAUCUCUGUUGGGUUUUUUGCUUGAUUUUUUUUUUUUCCCCUGUAUGUCCACUAGUUGACAUUUUCAGUAAAUGUGGAUAAAAAGUUGUAUUUCUUCCCUGUUAGCAAAUGUGCUGAGAUACUUAGGCUAUGCUUUCCAUUUAAACACUGGGAAAGCAGCAGGGUUUGUAUCUCAGCCAGCCAUUGCUAUGUUGGG